CCGGCCACCGCAGGCCCUGGCAGCGCAGCCUUGCGGCCCGGCGGGAUCGCGCAGCGGCCUCCGAACGCAGCUUCUUAACGUCCACAGGAAGGUGUUCAGAAGCCCCCACCAUGGCCGUGGAGAACAUCAACGAGCUGCCGGAGAACAUCCUGCUGGAGCUGUUCACACAUGUGCCCGCCCGCCAGCUGCUCCUGCGCUGCCGACUAGUCUGCAGCCUCUGGCGGGACCUCAUCGACCUCGUGAGCCUCUGGAAACGCAAGUGCCUGCGGGAAGGCUUCAUCACUGAGGACUGGGACCAGCCUGUGGCCGACUGGAAGAUCUUCUAUUUCCUUCGCAGCCUGCACAGGAACCUUCUGCACAACCCCUGUGCUGAAGAGGGAUUUGAGUUCUGGAGCCUGGAUGUGAAUGGAGGUGAUGAAUGGAAGGUGGAGGAUCUCUCUAAAGACCAGAGGAAGGAAUUCCCCAAUGACCAGGUCAAGAAAUACUUCGUGACUUCUUAUUACACCUGCCUCAAGUCCCAGGUGGUGGACCUCAAGGCCGAAGGGUAUUGGGAGGAACUGAUGGACACCACCCGGCCGGACAUCGAGGUCAAGGACUGGUUCGCAGCCAGGCCAGACUGCGGGUCCAAGUACCAGCUGUGCGUCCAACUACUGUCAUCUGCCCACGCACCUCUGGGGACCUUCCAGCCAGACCCAGUGACAAUUCAACAGAAGAGCGAUGCCAAGUGGAGGGAGGUCUCUCACACGUUCUCCAACUACCCACCCGGCGUCCGCUACAUCUGGUUUCAGCACGGCGGCGUGGACACUCACUACUGGGCAGGCUGGUACGGCCCGAGGGUCACCAACAGCAGCAUCACCAUCAGGCCCGCACUGCCCUGACGCCCUCCAAGCUCCCAUCCGCUGAACCCUGACUGACAAUGGCGGGCCAGCCUGCACUUCGGACAGAUCUGAGAGUGGCAGGGGGCUCUGGUGGCCCAUCUGUCUUCUGUACCGCUACCUUCUGAGGUCUUUAAGCCUUCUGCCCGCCUAUUCAGAAGAGGGGCUCUGGUCCUGAUGUUCAGACCUGGUUUGAAAUGGACAAGAUAGGCCCAGGAUGGGGUGAGGUCCAGGCUGGGGUAGGGACUGUCCUGACUAUCAUUGAAGUCCUAGAAGCCAGACAGGUGUCAGGUGGCACAAGGCCCCAAGGACCCAGGGAAUGCUCCUUAGGGUGAUCUGGGGUAGCUGGGGGGUGGGGAGGGCGCAGACUGGGCACGGGAGCCCUGGAGAAAGGGAGGGGGCGUCCCAGCACCACAUGUUCACCUCCAAACCCAGGCCAGGCUCCCUGUGGCUUGGAGAUGAUUUAAGCCCCCAGCCACCCAGCCUCCACCAUGCCCUGCUGCCGGAAGGCAGCCCUGUCCACCCUGGUCCUCCUCCAUGCAGCCAAAUAAAAAAGUGUU